CGCAUCGACGCAUCGACGGCGGCCGAUUGAACGAACAGCAUAGAUGAUAAGAUGAACCCGAUUGAUGAGACGUGAGAUUAGAGUAGAGCGUGUUAACUUUACAGUGUGUUUGGUGCCAUUGGUGUAUCACUGUAUGCACUAAACUAAUAUAGAGGUCAGUGCCAAUAGUAAUAUAGUUGCGAUGGAGGUUCGCGUGGACUUUGGUAGGCCCUAUACAGCACAGGUCAGGUUCGGUCUUGUUGCACCCAGAAAAAUGCAUUCAAAAGAGCGUAUAAUUAGAUCCACACCACACCACGGCACGAUCGACGCACAACGCUCAUGAGUCUGAUGAGUGCUGAAUGAAUACAGUGAUACUACCAUAUCAUAAUAACGGUGCCAGCUCUACUUGUCGAACAUUGACCACCAUGACAUUGCAUAAAGUGAAAAUUGCCAUUGAUCUUGGUCUAUUUCUGGCAGUUGCUGCAGUUGGAGGUUUGGUAUUCUUCGGCUACUCUCCACGGAAAAGGGGCUUCUUUUGUGAUGACGAAGAGUUAAAGUAUACAUUCCACUAUGACUCUGUGCCAGCAGGCGUUAUGUUUGGUGUGUCUCUUGGAUUUCCAGUUAUUGUGGUGAUAUUCACAGAAUGGCUUCUGCUAAGAACGUCCAAUAACACAAGUGUGGGAGUUGGUAUUGGGAUAGGGAAUCAGAUUAUGAUCCAGAGUGCAACAAUUGCCUUUGUCUUCUUCUUUGGCUAUGGAAUUGUUGCGGUGACUACCGAGAUUCUUAAGUCGUUUGUCGGACGAAAAAGGCCAUACUUUUUUCAAGCAUGUCAACCAGACUUUCCUUCCUUAGACUGUACAAGCUUUGUAGAGAAUUAUCAGUGCACAAUCAAAGAUGAGCCAUUUGUUGACGAGGCAGAGAAGUCAUUUCCAUCAGGCCAUGCCUCACUGUCUGUAUAUGCUGCAGCCUUUAUUGUGUUGUAUCUUCAAACGAAAUUGUCACCGAAAAACAUCACAUUCUCUUCCUUCCUGCUGCCAGUCAUACAAGUAGCAUCACUGACGUUAGCCACACUUUGCUGCCUGUCUCGAAUCAACGACAAUAAGCACUUUUGGAGCGAUGUGCUUGUGGGCAGUCUUCUAGGUGCUGGUGCUGCCAUCUACAUGGUAUCGCAUAUGGCACAACUGCUGAAGAGACCUAAACGCCGUGUGAGGUGGGAGGCAAGACCAACGAGAGCGGCCAUAUCUGAUGAUGAAGAGACCGACACCUGCGUUUCUAUCAACGCCGAGAAUUAAGAGCUGCUGCGGAAUUUAAUAUGUGCACUAAGGUUGUAUCGCGAUUACAUUAUGGUCAUAAUGGACUUUGUACAUAGUGUUUAUUAAUUAGGAAGAGCGAAAAACUAGUUCGAGUUGGGGACUGGUAACAGAAUAUCAGGUAGUUUUUUUUUUUUAAUUUGUUAGGGCUACUCUGUCCUUCAGCUAUAUCUGUUCACUGAGGCACGCACGAGUGUAGGCAGUAUAGCUGAAAAGGGAGGAAACGGGUUGAAUUGUCUGCCUCUGUAAUGUUGAAUGACUAUACCUCAGGUGAUUGACACACAUUUAUGUGAACAAUAUGAUCACACAAAAAACUACUGUAAAUUUCGAUGGUUUUAAUCUUGGAUAUGCGGGUGUUGUACUCUGAUUCUUGUUCUCUGUUCGUGUUAUUGUAUUUAUUUUUACCGUUUUUGAAUUUUUAGCUGUUUGAGUGACCUGCUUUUCAAGUAAAUGUUACUGACCUAUAUGUAACUGAGCUGAUGAUUGAUGAUGCUUGAGAAUAUUCAUCCUUCAACCAACGGGUGUAAAUGCGAUAUACAGUUGCGGUAGACACCCAUCCUUAUAUUUGUGCAUUUAUAUUACAGAAGUAUUGCAUUUUUAUUACUGAAUUGUUUUAAUGAGGGAGAGGCAGAAAACGCGUGGGAAGAGAGGCACAGGUAAAGAUGGUUAGUGAGGGAAGGGAAGGGAAGAGGAGGGAGAGGAGAGGAUAGAAGAGAGGAGGAGAGAGUGAGUGGGUGAGAGUGAGUGAGUG